GAUCGCCAGUUGGUGCUUUUUCAACCAUUGAAACAUGUCGAACGUUCAGAAUGCUCCGCGUAGCAUUCAGAGGAAGAUGAGCACCUUCCUCUCGGCUGGCAGAUUUCCAUGGUACAAUAUCGACGGAAAGCCAGUCGAACCAUUCAUUAUUGGUAUGGCGGGAGGAAGUGCGAGCGGAAAAACCAGCGUGUCUACAAGGAUUAUUCGAAGUCUGGGGGUUCCUUGGGUCAUUCUGUUAUCUAUGGAUUCUUUCUAUAAACCGUUGACUCCCGAACAAGUUGCUGCCGCACACAGAAAUGAAUAUGAUUUUGAUCAUCCCAAUGCUUUCGACUACGAAGCACUGCAUCAGACGCUUCUCAACCUAAAGAAAGGCAUCAAAGUCGACGUUCCGAUCUAUGAUUUCGCGACACAUAAUCGCCUCGACAAGUCGCAAACCGUUUACGGAGCCAAUGUGGUGGUCUUUGAGGGCAUCUUUGCUCUGUAUGAUAAAUCAGUUAGAGACCUUAUGGAUCUCAAGAUCUUUGUAGACACCGAUGCAGACAUUCGACUCGCAAGACGACUGAAACGAGACAUUGCAGAGCGAGGGCGAGAUAUCCGAGGUGUUUUAGACCAAUAUCGGAAAUUUGUAAAACCUGCUUUUGAUGAGCAUAUAUACCCAACCAUGAAAUACGCUGAUGUCAUCAUUCCUCGUGGGUUGGACAACGUUGCUGCAAUUGAUGUGAUCACAAAGCAUUUGGCUAGACAGCUAAAUGAUCGAGGACUCUCCCUCAAGGUCGCGUUAUCGAACAUCAAUGUCAAGAAGGAGUUACCGUCGAUUUUACGCACGUUAAAGCCCACAAAUGAGCUCAAGGCGCUGUUGACCAUUAUAAGAGACCGGACGACAAGCAGACAUGACUUUAUCUUUUAUGCGGAGCGAUUAUCCAGAAUCAUCGUUGAACGGGGUCUUGCUGAACUACCGUUUGGUAACGCGGAUGUCAUAACGCCCAUCGGAAGCAUCUACAAGGGUGUCAUAUGGAAAGAGCAGGUUUGUGGGGUGUCAGUCAUUCGCUCAGGAGCAACGAUGGAAAGGGGGUUGCGAAGCGUGGUCAAGGACAUUCCAAUAGGCAAGAUCCUCAUACAGACAGAUCCCAGCACGGGUGAGCCGCAAUUACACUAUUGUAAAUUGCCGUCGGAUAUCAGUCAGCGAUAUGUAUUGAUCAGUGACGCCCAAAUCGCCACGGGCGCUGCCGCGCUGAUGGCAAUUCGAGUGAUUUUGGACCACGAUGUUCCACAGGAUCGCAUCAUCUUUCUGUCGCUUAUUGCCGCGCCGCUCGGGUUGCAUACGAUAGCCAAUGCCUUCCCUAGCGUUAGGGUAGUGACAGCGGAAGUUGACCAGGAGCUGGAUGAUCAAGGACAUGUUGUUCCAGGAUUUGGAAACUUUGGCGAUCGCUAUUUUGGCACCUACUAGCUUUUUGCGGGGAACUCUAUGUAUAUAUUAAAUGCAACUUUGGAAACAGUAAAGGCAUUAAAUUGAUGUGCGAUUGCAAAAGAUGAAGACAAG